AAUAUUAAGCAAAGUAAUUUAAAUCAUAAUUUAAAGAAGAAAACUGAAAAAAGCGAUGAAGAGAAAGCCUUACCAGUCGGAGCGUAUCAAGUCAUGAUGAUAAAACCUUCGAAAGGAAAGGGAAAACCCUCAAAAUUUAAUAAAGGACAUAUGAUAAAGCCAGCACCAUCUGCGGAAAUUGAAUCACAAAUAUUGCUAACAGGAGACGAGUUGAAACAGCCUACAUUAUUUCUAGCCGAUUCGGGGGCAAAAACAUCACUCAUAAGAAAAGAUGAAAUUAAUUCAGGAAUUAAAAUAACACCUGGCUAUCGAGUUCUAAGAGGAAUAUCCAAUCAGGAUGUACCAACCUUGGGAGAAGUAAUUAUUUACUUGAAGAUUGGGCGAAAACCCCUGGGACACACGUUUCAGGUUGUGCCUGAAACUUUCCCGUGCAUUGGGGGAAUUCUAGGCGAAGAUUUCUUAUCUUCAUCCAGUUUAAAAGUAGAAACAAUCCAUGGAAAGGCUUUGGUCAUUAACGGAAAUCCUUUUGACUUCUACCAUGAUAAGGAGCCUAUAAAAAUCAAGGCUAGAAGUGAGGUAUUGCUUCAAGUCAAUACACACAGUGAGAAAACCGGUAUAUUUCAGAAAAAACAGCUAACAGAAGGUGUUUUUAUGGGAGAAUGUUUGACAGAGGAGGUAGAUGGUAAAGCACUUGUUUGCAUUAUUAACACUAAUGGAAGAGAUGUUUUUAUAGAUCCGCCAACAGUGAAAUUGGAACAAUUAUUAACAGAAAAAAUAAUUAUGAAGCUGGAGAAGUCGGGAAAACAGGAUCGUAUUAAAUUGCUGCAAGAGAAUUCGAGAAUUGAUCAUCUAAAUAAAGAAGAGAAAAAUUCUCGUUUGGAGAUUUUAGAAGAAUACAACUCAAUCGUGCAGUUACCGGGAGAUUCUCCAGGAGUUACAGAUCACCUAGAACAUGAGGUCCCGUUAAAACAAGGCACAGCGCCAAUAAGCGUCAGAACUCAUCGGUUACCAGAAUCACAGACAGAAGGAGUUGGUCGUAAGGUCAAAGAAAUGCUGCAAAAUGGAGUUGUACGUCCAAGUAAAAUAGAGCAUAACGAAACGCGUGAAGAUACAGAACUUAAGACGAUAGAAAUUCGGAAGAAUGGUGAAGCUGAUGAUGAUGAAGCUUUCAAGAGUAAGGAAGGAGUUGAAAAUGGGGCAGGUGAUGACAACGCAGAAGCUGGUGAGGAAAGGGGACAUCGUGAGCAAGCAGGUCCUUCUAGAAAAUCUAUCCAGACUGAGGAUGCUGAUAGACUUCAAGUCAACAUCAAUGCAGAUAUGGUGGAACUUGUGGAGGGACGUGAUGUCUACAUCAAUGCACAUCGCUUGAGAGCAAUUUUGCACGAAGUACAAAAAAAUGACUCCGCACUGACUCGCAAGUUAAUAACUGAGCUCGUGGGCAUGGACAAAUUACGAACAAUGAGAGUCACUGGCAGAGCUGGCUGGCCCAGAGUCCCCCAAGAAAUUCUGAGAGCGAUUGAAGGGAUGCUGGAAAUGGCCGCUACCGAAAGUACAAUCAGAUUCAGUGGACAUACGCUGGACAAAGCCACAAAGGCCAAGGUGACCCUUGAGAAUUACUACAGUAAUUUAAUUGUGCAGCAUAUCGAGCGAAAGCAAAGGUUAGCUAAGCUGGAGGAAUCACUGAAAGACGAGGGUCUGUCUGAACAGCAGAAGCAGGAAAAAAGACUACAACAUGCUCAGAAAGAAACGGAGUUUCUGCGCUUGAAACGUUCCAGACUAGGUGUUGAAGAUUUCGAACCACUCAAGGUCAUAGGUCGUGGUGCUUUCGGCGAGGUGAGGCUGGUACAAAAGAAAGAUACAGGCCAUGUAUACGCAAUGAAAAUAUUACGAAAGGCGGAUAUGCUUGAAAAGGAACAAGUGGCUCAUGUGAGAGCAGAGAGAGACAUACUAGUGGAGGCAGAUCACCAGUGGGUUGUGAAAAUGUACUACAGCUUCCAAGAUCCCAUAAAUCUCUAUCUCAUCAUGGAAUUUUUGCCUGGGGGGGACAUGAUGACACUCCUCAUGAAGAAGGAUACGCUUUCUGAAGAAUGCACCCAAUUUUAUAUAUCUGAGACAGCAUUGGCGAUAGACUCAAUACAUAAACUAGGUUUUAUACAUAGAGAUAUUAAACCGGACAACUUGUUGCUGGAUGCACGAGGUCAUAUAAAGCUGUCUGAUUUCGGCCUAUGUACUGGCCUCAAAAAGUCACACAGAACCGAUUUUUAUAGAGAUCUCAGUCAAGCUAAGCCAUCGGACUUCAUGACGUCCUGUGGUACCGGAAGUGGAAGUGCAAUGGAUAGUAAACGAAGAGCAGAGAGCUGGAAAAGAAAUCGACGGGCUCUAGCAUACAGUACAGUGGGUACACCCGAUUACAUAGCACCUGAAGUCUUCCUGCAAACCGGUUAUGGACCAGCCUGCGACUGUUGGUCUCUGGGUGUCAUUAUGUAUGAGAUGUUAAUAGGUUAUCCUCCAUUUUGUAGUGAGAAUCCCCAAGAAACGUACAGAAAGGUAAUGAAUUGGAGAGAAACUCUGAUAUUUCCUCCGGAAGUACCGAUAAGUGAGGAGGCCAAAGAUACAAUUAUUAAAUUCUGCUGUGAAGCGGACAGGAGACUAGGAUCUCAAAGAGGCAUCGAGGAACUAAAACUGGCGCCGUUCUUCCGCGGGGUUGAUUGGGAACAUAUAAGAGAAAGACCAGCUGCUAUUGCUGUGGAAGUCAGAUCGAUCGAUGAUACGUCCAACUUUGAUGAUUUCCCGGACGUUAAACUCGAAAUACCUUCAGCCCCACUACCCCAAGAUGGAGAAGUAAUUUACAAGGACUGGGUGUUCAUAAACUACACUUUCAAGCGUUUCGAGGGAUUAACACAACGAGGCACACCAACGAAAAAAUAGCAAUGCGAUCAUUCCUGUUCGACAUUGAAUCGUGAAAGUGAUAUUAUAGCUCUGCCCGUUCAGGUGCACCACCAAACAUUGACUUUCGUGGCCAGGAGUCUGCCCAAGAUUGAAUAAAUGAGAGAAAAAAAUCGAUUAUGUAUUGUUCUUGUUUUUACAACAGAAGAAAGAUACACAUUCUUGCAAAUAGGAUAGGAAUCAAUAAAGCGCCUGAAUUCAAAAAGGUCAAUGAUAAUCUAGUUGUUGUGUCACUGAAGGAUUUACAACAAAUUUUCCAGCUCUCUGUCUCUCUUUCUGCUUUUCUCUCUUGCAUUCUCAGACUUCAUCCUCCUCCCGCCCCCUUUUUUCCUCUCUCUUAUAAUAGUGUUUCAUUGAAAUGAAGAAACAAUUUAGUGAAGAAUUGGAGCAUGAAUUAAUAAUUAUUAUCAAAGAUGCGUGCUGUGAUAGAACGAUUUUUUUUGUUAUUCAAAGUGGCAGGAAAUUUUACAGAUCCAAAAUGUUUGCGAUUUGAAUCGACGAAGUUAUUCUCUAAGGUGAUUCGGAUUAUAGUAAGGCUCUUACGCAGAUGUUUAUCAGCAGGCCGUGAAAUCACUCUUUGUGUAUGAUAUGAUAAAAUAGUUCACUUUUUCGCACGUUUUUGACGGCCUAGAAUAUUUCGUACGUCAUGCGUAAAAUUUAUAAGUCGUAGGGGAAUACUUAAUGUGAAUAUAUAUGUCACCCUUAAAUUUUCAAUAUUCUCCGCACAAAUGGAAAGCCUUGUUCCCUACCAAACACGACAAAGUUAAGUCUGGUAAAUAUUGUAAAAUGGACCAUUUCGGUAUGGUUUUAUCUGUGGGAAACAUUAGUUGUGGCGGCUUCCAUGUGUAUUAGUUAUGCAUGGAAAAUUCUACCAAAAAGUGAUUUUUUUGCCAGAAUUGACAAAAAACAGUAUGUGUUACACGCGCGUGCGGAAAUGUCUGACGUUAUGUACUAAUAAUACAAUGUAUUACUUCGUCAGAAGGUGUGGAAAGUUUUUUCGACCUAGUAACGAAUCUAAUUUUUUUUUAUGCUUUCAAUAGAAUGGCGUUUAACACGCAUGGAGUAUCCUGAAAAUGUCAUUUUGUAGACGGUAAAAAGGAAAUAAUAAAUCAUGACGAUGUCCGUUAUUCAACAGUUCCUGAAUUUUGAUGAAAAGGUGAUAGAAUAAUGACAUAUUUUAUAGAAAAUGGCUUCAAAAUAAAUUUGUUUACAAUACCUGUAAUUCCCCUGGAUAUGCACGCCAUCCACUUGUAAUUCGACAGUUACAGAACUGGCUGCACCAGCGACAAUUACCUUAAAUAAUUAUUACACCUUCGUGCAACCGGUCCAUAAUUUUCAAAAAUAAAUUACUGGGAAUAAUCAAUGAUUUCAUGAUUCAUGCAUUCGUGACAUUAAAAAUAAGUCUCUUAUGGGAAACAAAUGAAUAAAAAUUAUGUGGA